GAUACCUGAAUCAUUUCUUUCCUCAUACACAAUGACUUCCUGGAGGUCAAUAGCAGGAGCUAUCGGGUACAAAGACUCCAGUGUGUGCUGCUCGGUAGCCUGGAUCUCACUGUCUGAGGCGAUCCGGGUGAGAGGGCUUUUUGCACUCAUAAGAAAGCCAUUAAUCCCACGCACAUGAUAUGUGUCAGAACCUGUGAAAGAGGCGUACAUUUUUACAGUAUUGAUCAGCAAUAUAACACCUGGCAUUCAGAGUCUAUCACUGCCAUUCAAGUAUGUACAGAUAAUGCCCUUUACAAUAAGAUAAUAAAAUGUUUAGGAUGGCAUCCCUUUAAAAGGUCACAUCAACAAUAAACCAAAUAAAAGGCCCAUACAUUAAAUGUAAAAUGCUAACUGGUGAAGUGCAGCCACUCAAGGAAUAACUUCACAAGAAUCACUGAAUAAACAGAACACACAAUAAAUAAGAGGAAACGAGAGAACACACCAACAAACAAUAAUAAUAAUAAAAAAUAAAAGUUUUUGUCCUUGAUACCUUAACUACGCUUGGAUUAAACAUGUAGAAGCCUAUCUAUCUGAGUAGUUGUAUUACACUGGAUUUCAGUCGACCCUGCCUUGCAAUAACAGAAGAAGCCUGGAGACCUACUGGAUCACGACCAUCAGAUCUUUCAAGAGCCUUUGCAUCAAGGUCUGAACGAUGGGACUAUACAGCGUUUUUAGGCAGAGAGUUUUCUUUGCACAUGUAUAAUUAGAUUAAAAAAAAAACACUCACAAAUGUGUUUGCAUAAUUUUUUUUUUUUAUUGUUUGUGUGUUUUAUAUUCAAUAAAUUGUAUUGAGCCAUGAUUGUAUCUGUUUCAUUCCCCCUUUGCAUGGUUUCUACUGUUGUAUGUAUUGUACCUAAAACUGGUAUUUGUGCCCUCUUAUUUUUUGUGUGUCCCUUUAAAAAGGGUGUAAAGAACAGGAUGAGUUCAAGUACCGUUUCACUAAGAUGACAAUCAGCAGUCAGCUAAUGAAUGCUGAAGCCUAGCAUUGCCAAACAUAAAUAGAGUUAUUUAAUUUUAAAAUGCUUCAAAACGUACCUCUUUUCCAAAAAGUAGCCAAGCGGCAAUUCUCAACAAUGCUCCUUUCCGAAAGGGCAGAAAAUUUACUGUUCUGUGUCCGGCACAAAUGCAACAGGCCUUGUAACAGCUUUGGGCUUAAAUGGGAAACAGAAAUAAAGUGAGUGACACUUAUUUCUCAAAGAUACUAGAGUUUUUCUAGCCAGUAUUAUAAAAAACUAAUUAAAUUUAUUAAAGUUUACAACCUUAAAAGGAACACUAUAGGUUUGGGAAUACAAAUGUUUAUUCCUAACACUAAAGUGCAACAGGGUUAAACAUGUGAGUUUGCUUACCCCUUCUCCCUCGCAGUGCUGGUCUCCAGCGUACUGCUCCGCCUCAUUGGCUGAGAUCAUCGAGACUGAUGAUCUCAGCCAAUCCAGUACUUUCCCAUUGGAAAGCAUUUUGAAGCUAGUGUGAAUUGAGAUGAAGUGGUCUGUGAGCCUAUAGUGUUCCUUUAAUGGGACUCUAUUAUAGAUAACAAAAUAAAGUCAUAUUUGAAUUGAUCAGAGAAGAUGUUGGGUGAGGUACAGUAGCAUGCAGGGCUUCCAAUCGCCUUGGUUUAAAGUGGAUGUCUGGUGAGCUCUGUAUUAGACCUGCAAAUCAAGCUACAAUGCAUAUGUAAAAUUAUUAGCAGAUUAAAACAGGUCGUCAAAUGAAUGCUUUGGACAUGGCUUCAAAGGAAAGGUGUGAUUCUGUAAUUGGUAGUAAAUUAGUUACUGAAUAUCUAGUGUACAACUUUAAAUGUUAUGCCUUGCUCUAUAGUGUAACGAACUGUGUUCCUAGUCCUGCAACCCACCAAAACAGUGUCCCCAAACUGCUAUAUUCCUCCCGUUCCCACCAUCCCUUCUAUCCCUUUGUUUGCUCCCCCUGCUUGCCCUCCCGGGAGCUACGGGUCUGGGCUAGUAACUGCCCGAAGAGCGCUCUCUCCGGUGCUAGCUACGCGGAGAUAUCCACCGGAGAGAGACGCGAGACCUGGCCGACCCUCUGGAGCCUCACAGCGGCAGAGUCCUGCUGGCUGUCUGGAAGUCCGCGGUGACCAAUGGGAAAGGGAGCUACCGUUGAAAUGGUUUUGCGUCCUUUCUCCCAAUUGGCUGGCACGAGUUAGAGGGCUUACCUUGUAACUCUUCCCCUCCCUGAGCUCUGAUUGGUCGCCACUUGGUUUAGGUGCGAAAGUUGAAUCCACCGGUCGAAACCAAGUAAUUCUGUGGAACUAUUUUCAGGGAUGUACAGAGCUUCAAGCCCAGACUUUACACGAUGAUUUCUCAGGCUCUGUACAUCCGAUCGCUACGAUAUUUGUAGAGAUCAUAGCUGGGACCGGGAGCUUCUCAGGGAUGUAUGACAUGUGGGUAUACAUGAUUGUAUUUUGUGUAUUUGGCUUCCUGUGUCCGGAGAUACCAUUAUCUCCCAGACACAGCGACGCCUGGGUGGGCUUAUGUUUUAUGUUACUUUGAAUGAAGACCCCUGUGGCAGGGUCUGUGCAUCUUACCUUCAAUAAAGUAAUUCCUAUUGUACCCUUCAUCAAGUCUCGGCUGAUGUUUGGGUAACCAAGAGCUCUAGUCACUCAUUCACUUAGGAGUUUUGCAACGGAUAUACUCAGUUGGAGUAUAAGGGAUCGGUUACAUACAGUAAAAAUUAUGUAUGAGGAAAGUAAGGCAUACAAAAUUAGAUUCAUUGUAGGUUUUAAAACAGUAGCAUUACAGCAGUAAUGAUGCUCUGCAAUCAUUCUAAAAAAACAAACAAACAAAAAAAACGUUAAUUGCUCUUUGAGCAUCAUAGAGCUGUAGUUCUACGGCAACUGAAAAGCUACAUGCUGGCUGCCAUUUAUCUACAGAAUAAUUUUAUAGCCUCAAUUUACACAGCACUCAACAAUAAUUGUGCCCCUCGUCCUCACUCACAAGUUUCGUAAUCUUAAAAGAGAAAAACAACCACUAACUUGUUUCAACUUCCUGGAAAAGGAUUAUGGGUGCUGCUAAGGUAUCAAUUGUCAUUACAGUUUGCAAUCAAUACCCAUUUGCUCAGCAAUUUGUCUCAGGUGGAAUACCUAUCAGCAAUUCCUACAGGGGUUGCCAACAGGCAGAAACCAAUCGUUGUACGACCACAGACAGAUCACAUUCAGACUGGAUAUUACACAUGUGAUAGUUCACACUAACCAGUAUUCUUCCCUGGUUGGCUGUUCUUCCUUGUUGUUCCAUAUACAUGCUUGAUUAAUUAGGUUGUGCACCAGUUGUUCGUGGUUGGAGAAUUGAUACGCUGGGUCAUUACAUAUGCUAAGUAUUCUCUCUGGAAGACCUUCAAUCAGCUUGGACUUGGUCAGCCAAAGGGCUUGUUUUACUCCUAAAAUAAAGGAAAUAUAAAAUCUUUAGAACAGUUGACCCAUGUGCAACACUGUGUUGAUACGUAUUUAAAUGCCAUCAGUUGUGCCUAUAUUUCACCUGGAAACAUGCAUGAAUACCUUUAAAAUAAGUGCUUGUCAUACACAUUAUUUAAAGGAAUACUACAGAGUCAGGAACACAAACAUGUAUUCCUGACCCUAUGAUGCUAAACCCACCAUUAAGGUGGCUUGCCCCCCCUUAAAGGAUCACUAUAGUGUCAGGAAAAUAAACCCGUUUUCCUGACACUACGUCAUCCUUGGUGGACCCUCAGCCUCAGGGUCCCCCUUCCGCUGGGCUGAAGGGGUUAAAACCCCUUCAGUCACUUACCUUAAUCCAGCGCCAGGCUCCUUCUGCACUGGUGACCACUCCUCCCACUCCGACGUCAGCUCCUGAGUGGAGCGGAAUGUGCAUGCGCGGCAAGAGCUGCGCACGCAUUCAAACAGUCCAUAGGAAAGCAUUUCUCAAUGCUUUCCUAUGGACGUUCUGCACGUUGGAUGCGAAUUUCGCAUCCAGCGGCUUUCAGAAAGACAGCCACUAGAGGCUGGAUUAACCCUGCUAUGUAAACAUAGCAGUUUCUCUGAAAUGACAGUGUAUACAGCAAAAAGCCUGAAGGUAAUGAUUCUACUCACCAGAACAAAUUCAAUAAGCUGUAGUUGUUCUGGUGACUAUAGUGUCCCUUUAAGCAGUAAAUGGUUAAAGUAAACAUACUGUAGUUAUAUCCUUCAAAUAUAAGACUAGCCAUACUGCACAUGACCCCCAUAAAUAUAGUAGGAAGGGGGGAUAGCAAUACUAACCAUGCCACUAAAACAGGAGGAAAGGAAUAAUAGAAUGCUGUACAUGCUUUAUCAGAUGUCCAAAUUAAACAAAAAGCCAGAACUCCCUGCGUAUACCCACAUACCCCGAUCUCAGAGACAUGGGAACACAGGGGGGACCAUCAGAGACCCAGACAUGGGAACACAGGGGGGACCAUCAGAGACCCAGACAUGGGAACACAGGGGGGGGAUCAGAGACGCAAACACGGGAACACAGGGGGGAUCAGAGACCCAGACACAUGAGAACAUGGGGACACAGAUACUAGGGGAGACAGAAGGAGACACAGACGCGGAAACUGGGAGACACAGGCGCGGAAACUGGGAGACACAGGCGCGGAAACUGGGAGACACAGGCGCGGAAACUGGGAGACACAGGCGCGGAAACUGGGAGACACAGGCGCGGAAACUGGGAGACACAGGCGCGGAAACUGGGAGACACAGACGCGGAAACUGGGAGACAUGGGGACACAGACACUAGGGGAUACUGAGAGACAUGGAGACACCACUGAGACACUAGCAGACAUGAGGACAUAGACAUCUGGGGUCGCUGUGAGACAUGGGGACACAUGAAGACACUGUGCAGGGAGACAGUGGGAGAAAUCACUCUAUACAACAGAAUCAAACCAAGUUAUUUGGUGAUUUUAAAGAAUUUUCUGUUAUGUCACUCCUUGUGAUUUACAUCUUGUGAUGUCACGCAUGCAUAAAUUAAUUAUGCAAAUUAGAACGGCCGUUUUUUUUUUUUACCAGAAAGGUGGCAACCCUGAGAAAACUAAAUGUCAGUGAUGUGCAUCAUUGCCCCCAAGAGGCAACACUAGUAGCCAUCUGAGUUAUCUCUAUGCUGUAAUGUAAGCAGUGCAUUCUCUCUAAAAAGACAGUGUUUACAGCAAAAAGCCUGAAGGUAAUGCUUCUACUCACCAGAACACAUUCAAUAAGCUGUAGUUGUUCUGGUGACUAUAGUGUCCCUUUAAGCACCAUGCAUACAUCCAACAGCACAAAGGAGAGCAGGGACUACAUGAGCCCUCCUCCUGCACAAUCUCCCUCCCCCGCGUAGCCCAAUUCCUUAACCCCUUAAGGACAGAUGACAUGUGUGACAUGUAAUGAUUCCCUUUAAUUCCAGAAGUUUGGUCCUUAAGGGGUUAAAGAGAAUAGAGGUCACCCAUUAGGAUACCAUGUCCUCCUUGUCCCCAUAGAGGGAAAGCAGAGCCACCAGGGACCAUAUAGAUGGGCUGACAUGGAAUGCCAUUAAUCACUGAUACCCCCUGCACCAUAUGAUUGCUACAUACGGCCAGAGAGCACUUUCCAUGGGCUGUCGAUCAAUCUGAAGAAGGAAACAUUGGUGUGCCUGUCCGCCUUCCUCCCACAGCCAUGUACAAACCUCCCACCAUGCGGCAGCUGCGGUGGAACACAUAGCUCGGUCGCUCCCGGUACAGCUCCAUCUCCUCCGGCGGGGGCGCCCGGUAGUGUCCGGGGUCAGCCCAGUCCUUCCUAAACUCGGGGAAGGUGGGGCGAGCCAGCCAGGGGACAUGGUACAUCCUGUCCGCGUAGGUGAUCCUCUCCAGCCCCGGGAUCUCGAGGGGCUCCUUCCGGACCGGCUUCACCACCCUCCCGCCCCAGCUCACCUGCAGGCUCAGGCAGCGGAGCCCGGGGCGGCUGCGGAGACAUGACCCAGCAUGGGGCAGUAUGGACGCCGCCAUGUUGCCGCGCUAAGCCUGCUGGGAGACAGCCGCUGAACCUGGUGUUCUCUGGACAACGUAUCCCAUGAUGCUCCGCCAGCCAAACGCAUGGCUAAGCAUGCCGGGAAACGUAGUCCUUAAUGUGUAAAUGGGGGGGGAGGCUUGCAGCCAAUGGGUGAGGGGUAAGUAAGCACCAUGUCCUGGCCUGUCACUGGGAGUCUGUCUACCUGGGCAGGAUUGUGGGGAUCUCUCUAACCAGAGUAGGAAAGCUGGGUAAGAUAACUGGACAAAGGGGCCAUUUGGGGAUUUAUUUUAAUAAUUCCCAGGUCCUGCCUUAGUGAUUAACCCCAGAGAGUUCAGUAAGUGACUGUGGGCUUUAUUCACUAAACUCUGAAUUUUGAAUAAUUAAAGCCUGAACUAAUAGAGUUGUUUACUAAAGUGAACAUUAUAAGUGAAUUUCAAAUUUAAAGGAACACCAUAGUGUCAGGAAUAAAAACACGUAUUCCCAGGGCCGCCAUUAGGGGCUGCAACCAUGACGAUGGUCACUGGCCUGCCGGUUCUAUGGUGACCAGGUGCGCGGCACAAAUUUGGACUAUCGGCGGAUUUGGCCAGUAGCCCGAAUCAAUAGGCCCUGCGAGAAAUUCAGGUGGCAGUAAGUAACAGUGCCCCGGGAGGCAUGUGGAGGGGGGGCACCGCCAGAGCCGGCUGCCAGAAUCUCCGGCUCUAAUGGGGCCCCCUUCCUUGAGCCAGCAGGGAGAUGAAAAUAUGGAGUUCCUGGUGAUCCAGUGUUUUGCUAGUGCAGCCCCAUUCCCACGUGGUUUCUAUUUCAUAAAACACCGGCACACUGUAAGUGUCAGAGCACAGGCGCCGGGUUCCCAGCCCGCGCUCUGACGUCAUGACAGAGCGCCGGACCCUUGAGGGAGUGCAGCUGCACAAGCAGCACACUGGACCACAAAGGAGUCCACCACCAACAAACUGGAUCACCAGGACCUACUGGACCACCAUGGAAUUAAUUAUUGCCCCCUGGGGGGGGGGGGGGCAAAGAAAUAUAUAUAUUUUAGAAGCAUUUUUAUUCAGUAUAGGGAGAAGGUGUGACACUUACCACCUUGCCAAAGUCACCUCUCUCCCUGCCACACACUCUCUUAAAAUACCUUCACUCUAUAACACUAAACUCCCUAACCCUGUCACACUAACCCCUCUUAACCUUGUCACACUAACCACCCCUCGCCUUGUCACACUCACCCCCCAAGCCCUGUCACACUCAGUCCCUAACUGUGGAAUGUUCACCCACCCUCACACUUACUCCCCAAACCCUUAAACGGAUGUCUGUGUAUCUCUGUGUAAGUCCCAGCGUGUGUGUCUGUGUAUUUGCAUGUAUUUUGGUGUGUAUGUCUGUGUAUCUGUAUGUGUUUCAGUGUAUUUGUAACUGUGUGUGGCAAUGUAUACACUACACACAUAUGCACGCCUUCAUUCAAAAACCAACAUUCACACACACAUACUCCAUACACAACCAUGCUUACAUUCAAAGACACAAACACUGCUCAGUGCUAAAUAUAACUCUGCAAGGAUGGGCAAAUUGUAGAUUACCAACUAGCAAAGCAUUGUGGGACUUGUAUGACAGAUGGGGUACUACAUUUUGGCCACCUUUGUGCUAGGGGACGACCCCAAAAAAUCACUACGUUAGUUCCAGCACUGCCCCUGCGGGCCCUCAGCAACUUGUAUAGUGUAGAGGAGGCAUUUACGAGCUCUUACGAGCUCCCGGCUGCAGGUUACCAUAGCAACACUGUGUGUGACACGCAGACUGGACUCACGAGAGUCGGAGAGAGAAAAUACCAGAAGCUGAAUAUUAUCUUGGCUGGGCCCCCUCUUUACUACAUAGCACCUGGUAGCCUGCACAUUACCUGUGGACCACCAGGGAGUGGCCACAUGUAAGAGGUAUGGAGGGGGAAUAACAUUUAUAAAUUAAUGAUAAAAAUUAAAAUGAAAAAAAAAAAAAAAAAGAAUGCAGUCCCUAUCCUACCCCUUAUAUAUACUCACAAACUGCACCCACUACACACACACACACACUCCAUCCACUAAACACUCACCACAUCCACUAUACACACACUGCAUCUUCUACACCAGGGGUGCUCAAAAGGUAGAUUCCCCAGAUGUUUUAAAACUACAGCUUCCAUGAUGCUUUGCCAUUCUAAAGGCAUGCCAAACAUCAUGGGAGUUGUAGUUCUGCAACAUCUGGGGUUCUACCUUUUGGGCACCACCGCUCUACACAAACACAUACACUGCAUCCACUUCAAAAACACACUCUGUAUCUACUCUACACACACACACACACACUGCAUCUUUGUGGGCAGACUUGGGGGCAGGCACUGUGGGUGGGUUAAGGGGUUGGCCCUGUGGGCUGACUUGGGGGGAGGACCCUGUAUGCUGGCAUGGGGGCGGGGCCUAGGCUCCCAGACCUUGAGCUGUGUUAGGGCCCCAACAUUCAUGAUGGCAGCCCUGUGUAUUCCUGAAACUAUAGUUUUGAAGCCGUAGUUUAGUUGCACCCCCUCCCCUUUGUUAAAAAAACUAUUUUAUUCACCUUAUCGUGCCGGUCUUGAUCCUUGCCCCGCUCCGUGCUUCUUUAUAGGGAGCGUUUUGAGUCUCCAGUAGUACUGACGCAGGAAGAACUUCUAAUGACAGUCUGAGUGACUGCCACUGGAGUUGUCCCUUGGCAGGAAUGUAAACACUGUCUUUUCUCUGGAAAGUUAGUGUUUACAUUAAAAAGCCUGAAGGGACAGGCUGUAGACACCAGAACAAUUUCAUUAAAGGAAAACUCUAGUGCCAGGAAAACAAAAAAAAAGUUGUUUUCCUGGCACUAUAGCUUCCUAUAAUGCCCCCUCCUUUGUGCCCUGCCCAUGGUGCAGAAGUCACAGCGCUGAUGUCCAGCGCUGAUGUCCUUCGGCUCUGGUUCGGCCGCUCUCGCAUUAGUCCCUCCUGCCUGUCACCUGGACUUUUUCGUCCCCAGGCCUGUGCGCCCUUAAGUUAGACUCCUGUGCUGCCUGUGUUAGCACCGGAACUGACUAUGAACCCAGAUCACUUCAAUGAGCUAAAGUAGUGCCUUUAAGCUGUACUUGUUCUGAUGACUAUAGUAGCUAUAGUAGCUAAAUUCAAAUCAUAGACGACAUAGAUAUUUUUUCCUGUUUGGCUAUUUUGACCACGUAUUCCUGGCCCUGUAGUGUUAAAACCACCAUCUAGCCCCCCUGGGCUCCUCAUGCCUCCAUAAAUAUAGCAAAAUCUUACUGUAUUCAAGCCUGAAGCUGUCACUCUGCAUGCUGUUUGACUCAGAAAAAAAAACCAGUCUGCUGACAUCAUCAGAAGUGGUAGCCCUAUCCAAUCACAGUGAUUCCCCAUAGGAUUGGCUGAGACUGACAAAGAAGCAGAUCAGGGACAGAGCCAGCACGAUUCAAACACAGCCCUGGCCAAUCAGCAUUUCCUCAUAGAGAUGAAUUGAAUCAAUGAAUCUCUAUGAAGAAAGUUCAGUAUCUGCAUGCAGAGGGAGGAGAUACUGAAUGUUUGGAUGCAUUUUAGGCAGCAAUGACCCAGGAAGGAUCUCUAACAGCCAUCUGAGGAGUGGCCAGUGAAGUUAUCACUAGGCUGUAAUGUAAACACUGCAUUUUCUCUGAAAAGACAGUGUUUACAGCAAAAAGCCUGAAGGUAAUGAUUCUACUCAGCAGAACAAAUUCAAUAAGCUGUAGUUGUUCUGGUGACUAUAGUGUCCUUUUAAAUUUAAAAUUAUCUUUGAGUUCACCUUGACUUCUCACUUAAAUGAGUAACCCCCGUUAGUGAAUAACUGUCAGAGUUAAGUGAAUAAAUUCUGAUUUAGAACACGUCUCCAUACUGUGAAAUUGUGAGCAAAUACCGGAUUUCUCAUAGUAAAGGCAUAGACCUUGUGUGCCUCCCAAAAAUAAACCUACACGGUCAAUCCAAUGUAAAACUUUAAAACUUUUUUUUUCUUUUACUGCUUUCAUUUAGAGAACACUUUUGUUUAAUGCAUAUGUGCAAAAGGAUUUCAGAUGGAGCGCAGGUAGCUGUUUUUGGUUUCUGUUUUUUUUGGGGGGGCUGAUGAAUACUAUAGCUAUUGGCUCUUUAUAAGUAAAAUGACAACAGUUCUGAUAAUGAUUGUAAAUGAGUGCCUGUACGGCAGACUUAAUUUAGUCUUUGAUGAGUACUUUCCCGAGUUACUUUAAAGACGAACCACCAUUUUUAUAAUAGCGACAAUUCCCUUUUCCCGUAUAAAUGUGUUUAUACACUAUUACUACCAUUUCGUCCUGUAAAGAAGGAGGACGUGGUUAUGGCCUUCAUUUUAUAUUUUUGCGUAAGCUUUUCAAAUGAUUUUUUCCCAAAAAUAUUAAAUCAUUUGAAAAGCUUAUUGAAAAAUGUUAAAUCGAGGCCUAUAUUUGUAGAACUGUGAUGGACAUAAUCAGAAUGCCUUGAUUUCACUUUUUUACAAAAUAUUGGGGGGGGGCGUGGAAAUAUAUUUAUAUAUAAAAUAAGAUAUUUUUUUGAAUGUUAAUAAUUGUAAAAGUUUAUCCAAAAAUAAAUGAAAUAAUUUGAAAAGCUUUUCCAAAAAUAUUAAAUCGAGACAGUUGCAUAUUUCAUAGGCCUUGUAUUCCAAUCUAUUUUGCUAAAAUCAUGUGUUUUUAUAAGGUGCACAUAGAGAGAGAGUGAUGUGUCAGAGUCCCUAGUAGCCAACGCCUGGGUUCAAGACAGACACCUCAGUAAGUACUAAUUUGUUGUUCACAUCCAGAGCCUUUGUCCAGUAUCAGACACUAUCUCCCUUUCUGGCUUUAUUGGGAGCCUCACAGUCUGUUUCUCUUGCCAGGUGAUGUGUGAGGAUGAGACUGACUGGCUCUCUCUGAAACCUACAGAACCUUCUCCUGCUCAGUGCUGUGGCAGUGGCUGCUCACCUUGUGUAUUUGAUAUCUACCAAUCUGACCUAGAACGUUGGGAGAAAGCCAAGGAGCUUGGAGACACAAGCCUGCUAUCCAGGAGAAAAGUUGAGGUAAUGGAGUGUGACAUUCCUCAUGUCUGGAUGGACACGUAGUGAUCAGUUUCUCAUGCUUUAAACUAGAUGAGGCACAUAUGUUGGAUGGGAUGUAGCUGUGACGGAGCUCCUGUACUCCGACCGAGUACCUCCGACAAAGUUCCCUAGCACUGGGAAAGAAUCACCAAAGUGACUAUAGACCUUCCCCAAACACCAAAAUAGACUUAGUGAAGGGGUAAAACAACUCUUUACUGACACAUAUUUCUAGGAAACAAUCAUAAAGGGGACAAUCAUCUGUGACAAAAGGCUCCCUCCCUGAUGCCGCUGUUUGUGGAGGGAUAGCUACAUUAACUGAAGAUGAUUUUAUUAACAUCCAGACAACAGGGUGCCGUACUAUAUGAACCAUAAAACAUAAUGUUCCCCAGAAGUACAGGUGACAAGUCAUACAGCCUUAGACAGGGCUUGCUCUCAAUAUUAAACAUUCCAAAAAGUGCUUGGAUUGGAGGUAUGUAGCCUCAGUAAUCAUUUAAUGAAGUUCUAGCGGGAUGUGCCUAACCUCCGUUCCGGCUCAGAGUUCCAGGCUGUUGGCAAGUAGUUGCCGGUCAUAAACGAGAGGUUGCUCUGGCUCCAUGGAAGGGGGCUCCCCCUAAUUUCUUGUGGUGUUUAUUAACCCUUCACCUCCUUUGUCUUUCUGUCAUUUCUUGGUAUUCUAUUGUAGCAGGUUUUGUAGUGGUUUUAAUAUGUUUUCUUCUUAAAGAUUAAGUCAAGCAUUUCUUGUAGAGUUUACUUGCAUGUUUUAUUCACAAUUGUACAGCGCUGCUGAAUGUGUUGGUGCUUUUUAAAAAAUAAUAUUGAUAUGAAUUUUUCCUGUAAUAUGCUCUUGUUUUGCAGAACAGUGGCUCAGUCCUAAACUCAGAAACAUUCACUGCAUUCAGACUCAUCCUAGUGGAACGAGAAACAGAUGAUACAAAUCGUUACCGAUUUCAUCUCCCAAACGGGAGCAGUUUGGGGCAUAUGUUAGGGCAGCACAUUGUUUUCAGGUAACCAUUCAGUGGAAGGCAGGUAGUAUAACAAGCAUUCUCUACCAGGUAACUACUGGACUACAGAGACUACACUGGACUACAGAGAACACGCCUUGUUUUUCUAUUUUCAUGGCUGGAGCUCUGUCAGAGAUAGGUGUUUGGGGCACAGCAAAGUUAAAAAGUUGUAGCAAUGCUACAAUGUCUGCAUUUUAAAUUCUCUGUUUUACUGAGCUAGUUAGACCACUAGUGACAUCACUGCCUUAUAAAGCAAUGCAGAAUAUGUUGGCGCAUAAAAAAAAUAAUGAUAAAGUUUUAAGUACUUCUAUGCGUAACCGCACAUACUAACCCUAGAAAGAGGUUUUAAGAGUGCGCCUGAUCAACUCCCAUAACACAGUCUGAUAGUGUAAAACCACUGAAUUGCCCUUCCAACUGUUCUUUAUUUUCCCAUGAAGCUCAGCCAACCUCAUGGCUCUGUGACGCUUGAAUAAAUGUAGGCCACACUAAUUAGAGUGCAAGAAGUUAGCCACCUCUGUUGUAUACCAACAGUUUCUUUCAUUUAUAGAGGGAUUGUAAAAGGGUUGGAAAUCCAGAGAGCCUACACACCAAUUAGUCGUCUGGAUACAAGAGGCCACUUUGACGUUUUAAUCAAGGUAUGAUCUGUAAUGUUUGUCAGUUUGCUGUGAGAUAUGAAUAAAAUGCAUCAUGGAAAGUAACCUGCCACAACAUAUCCCACGAUGGCAAUGACAAGCUAUUUACGAUGCUAUGUUUAUAUACGUGAAUAUAUGUAUAUAAUCGUGUGCAAGCAGACAUGACCAUUUACGCAAGUAGACUUUUCCAAUGCUGAUAAGAUUAGAAAACUAAAUACUGACGAUUUUCUAAUGAUGAAAUAUACACCUGCAAGUCAUAUCUCUUUGUUUGGGAUUUUGCACUUUGGACUUUAUAAUUGAUGGUUCAAGGCAAGAAAACGAAGGAGAAAUAGUUGGUGGGGUAUCAUACCAAAUAUGAUUUUUUUUUAUGCUCCCAUUAGGCCGAUUACAUCUUAAAUAAAGAAGAUUUAAAAAAAAAAAAAGUUUACCUAGAAGGCUGAAUCUUUUUUUUUUUUGUUGUUCCUCCAAAGAAACCAUUGCAGAUGGUUUACGUAUUAAAACCCCUAUGUAGACUUUUUAGGUUGGAUGUUCAGUAUGGAAACCUCUUAAACGACAAUUCAGGGAUUCCUCUGUGAAAAGCAUUUUCAGUAUGUUAUGGUAAAAAAUGUAGAAUAUUAUCUUUUGAGAGGGACAUUUUAAGCAUUAUAACCACUAGAGCUUACUGUAACGAUUACAGUGCAGGAAGUCUUUUGGUGCAGUCCCUCUGUGUUCUUGUUAAACUGUUUGAGUGGUUUGACAGAAAUUGGAGCUCUUUUAGAAGCUACAGCCCUCCUAUUUUGCAGCCCCCAGAUUAUACAGUAGUUUCAAUGAUCUGUCGAUAUUCUGUCCUGAACAGCAGUGGUGGGCUGCUAGUGCUGCGUUAAGCCUCCACAAGCAUACACAGCCUAUCAUUGCUGUCUGUCUUUUUGUAUGAAUUUAUUUGUGUUGGAAAAAAAUCUGCAUUAUCUUUGGAGAUCUAAACUAUUCUGUGAUAGGUUAGAGGUAAUAUCUUGACACCUGCAUUGCUUUCAGGAUUACUAUUUAAAAUCCUGAUAUGAUUAUACACUGUAUGGACAAAGUAUUGGGACAUCUGGUCAUUAACUAAUAGGGACUUUUAUGACAUUGCAUUCUAAAUACAUAGAUAUUAAUAUUUAGUUGGUCCCUAUAACAGCUUUCACUCUUCUGGUCUUUCCACAAGAUUUGGAGUGUUUCUGUGGGAAUUUGUGCCCAUUCAUCCAGUAGAACAUUUGUGCCGCCAUAAAUAUAGAAAUCUUACUGUAUUCAAGCCUGCAGCUGUAGCUCUGCAUGCUGUUAGACAACAAGCAGUCUGCUGACAUCAUCAGAAGUGGUAGUCUGAUCCAAUCACAGUGCUUCCCCAUAGGAUUGGCUGAGACUGACAAAGAGGCAGAUCGGGGGCAGAGCCAGCAUGAUUCAAACACAGCCCUGGUCAAUCAGCAUCUCCUCAUAGAGAUGAAUUGAAUCAAUGAAUCUCUAUGAGGAAAGUUCAGUGUCUGCAUACAGAGGGAGGAGAUACUGAAUGUUUGGAUGCAUUUUAGGCAGCCAUGACCCAGGAAGGAUCUCUAACAGCCAUCUGAGGAGUGGCCAGUGAAGUUAUCACUAGGAUGUAAUGUAAACACUGCAUUUUCUCUGAAAAGACAGUGUUUACAGCAAAAAGCCUGAAGGUAAUGAUUCUACUCACCUGAACAAAUUCAAUAAGCUGUAGUUGUUCUGGUGACUAUAGUGUCCCUUUAAACUAUUUGUGGCCACAGAAAUAGGUUACAGUACAAAAUAUAACAGUGGGCCAUAGAUGGCAUGUCUUAAUGAAAUGUUUAUAUUUAUGGUUACUGCAGAUAUAUGAGCAUGGCCUGAUGUCACAGUUUAUAACGGGUUGGAAAGAAGGAGACUGGAUUGAAUGUCGGGGACCAUUUGGAGGAUUUUCAUACAGACCCAAUCAGGUCAGAAAUCUGAGAGUAACUGCCAUAUUUACAGAUAGCUGGUAGUUAUUAUGUAACGAUUCUGGUAGAUAGAAUUAUGACUCCAAGAGUUAUCAAUGCAGCCCGUGUCCCAGAAGUUGCUUUAGAAUGCAAGCUCCAGAAUAUGUUAUCGGUCAUCACCUCCCCGAUUAGUUAUAUAUUUCUAUAUAGAAAUUCAUGAUGUUCCCCGUGGAUCUAUUAUGUCUUAAUGAGUAGGAUAUAUGUGCCAUUCAGAAACUAUAUCCAGUAAAAUCAAUGAUGUAUACUGUGUGAUUUAUUGUUUGGGCUUUUUCAGACAAAGGCCCCUAUUUUAGUAGUUAAUCACCACCCCAAUGGCCCUGUAUCGUGAUAUGUUAACAUUUGAGGAUAUCCAAUUUGUAUUCCAAGUCUAGCCUCUUUGUUCUAACAGUAUGGAGAGCUUGUUAUGCUGUGCUCGGGUACUGGUAUUGCUCCGAUGCUGCCCAUUCUCAGUUCUGUGACAGAUAAUGAAGACGAUGAAACAUUUAUAACACUGGUCAUUUGCUGUCGAACAUAUGAGAAACUGUAUUUGAAGAGUUUUCUACAUGAGCAAGCGCGAUUCUGGAAUGUCAGAAUCUUUUAUGUGCUCAGCCAGGUAAAUACACCAUUUGGACUUAUCUACCUCUGCGUGGGUAUUUCAUUUCAUUAAUAAAGUAAGUGUAAACAGAAAUUUUCAGUUUUAUGCUAUACCUUGAGCACUUGGUUGUUUUCCAUGUUAAAUUUGCUUUCUGUGUUUAUUUUCUCCCCUUUGGUGACACUGUGGCCAUUGCAAAUGGGGACCGGGGGAUUGGGCAUGCUUUGGCCCUUUAAAACAAAACAAAAAUUCAGGUAAAGGUGGUGCGUAUCCAAACUAGUUUCAAUCACACUUCUCUGACAGGGCCCAGUUUGUGUCCUUUCCUAACUAUGUCCCAUAUUCUCUUAAAGUUGCUUGUGAAGUCCCAAGGGCUCAAUUCUUGGACCUUUCAGCUAUCAUAUAUAUUGAUCUCAUAUAUUAAACAUAUCACAGUUUGAGUAUGUGUUACAGAAUGAUUUCUCAGAGUUAUAAGCUGAAUUGCUGAAAACAGUUUCCUUAUUUCAGACAAAGUGGUUGCAUUGUUUUUUAGAACAAAGUCUGAAAUAUGUAAACUAAUAACGUCCUAUUAAACAUUAAGGCAAAGUCUAACUGUAUCAUGGCUACAGUCAGUUCCUAUAAAUAUCUCAUUAUGGGGCUUCAUAGUCAGUCUGUCACUUGGCUUCAAUUUGAGAAAGUAUCUCCCAAACAUUAUCCCAGACAAGGUGCUCCGUCAUGAAAUAAAGCUUGUUUAGACCUUCGUGUACUAAAACAGAUUGUGCUGUAAAUGUUAAUGCCAAUCAUCAUUUUGCCUUUAUUGAUUUCAAUAGCAGAAAGGUCUUAAUAAAACACAGAAAAUUAUUUUCAACUAAAUAACUAAUAACACGGAAAUUAGCAAUGGUGGCGCACAUGAGCUGGUUAAACACCAUAAACAUCUCUCCAGAAUUCAUGGCUUUUGCAAGCAAUGUGGCCAAACCUUUGCAAAUCAUUCCUCGAUCACUUAAAGCAAAUCGAAAACAAACAUUGUUACAGUAAAAUAACAUUGUCAAAUUGAUAACACAAGAAAAACACACAUCCAUUGUAUCCUAAAUGAUUGCGUUGAAAAACUUUAAAGAAACACGCACGUCGAUAUUCAUUUAAAACACGAUGGGUUAAUGUCACACACAUUGCUUAUCAUCUGAUAACCAUUCAGCCUGUGAUGUAGAAGCAAAGCCUGCAAUAUCACAUUUUUGCUUGGCCUAUUGAGCUUAAUAUUGAGUUUUUGAUGAGGGCAACAAGGGUUAAGUCCAGUUAAGUAAAUGAUGUUAUAUUACAUUGGCAGCAUUACUAGCAUAGAAAGGAUCCUUUAUUGUCAGAUUGUGAUUGCGUUCAAAACACUCAUGUAAUACCAGCUGAUAAUCAGAAAAAUAUAUUGAAUGAAUACUGGUGCUAGUUAGUGACCACACCAGGCCACAACUGUGUAUAUUUAACUAAUUGUUAAUGCAAUGCAAAGAGUUAAGAAAAGUAAUUGGAAUGUUCAGCUCCCCACUGAGAUGUAAGGGAGUGUUUUAUAUCGCUUAGUAAUGGUGUCACUGGGCAACCCAAUCAUAUAAGUGAUUUAGAAGCCUUUAACAUGCCUUUGGCUUCUGAAGCAGUGAAUGGAGCUAAACCUCUAUUCAGUUCAUAGCUUUUUAUAUUAUUCUAUCACACUGGCAUUUUUGUUAUUGUCCUACCAAACAAUACAUGUAUUUGUUCUUACUACUAGGAAGAUUAAUAUAGUAUUAAUAACUAUAGUACUCAAUUAAUUCUAGCCAUAUCCAUGGUUUUGUGCAACACCAUAAACUGGUUUAUUAAUACCCUUCUAUUCUGUAUUUGGGAUGCAGGAGAAGUCUUUAGGAAACUUGCCCAUGAGCUACCAGGAGAACACAAAGAUCGGGAGAAUGGACCCCAACUUCAUGGCAAACAUGCUGAAAACGUGCAGACGAGAGUCCUAUAUACUUAUCUGUGGCUCGUUAACAUUUAAUGAGGAUAUGAGAGAAAUGCUGAAACAGCUGGGAAAGACAGACAGUUCUUUAUUUAUAUUUUAACUGUGA